AUGGCCGCCUCCUCCAUCGGCUCUCUCUACUUCGACAACACCGCCGAUAGUGAAGAGGCAGCCGGAUUGUUCGACGAGACAAAGGGAGGCAUGAAGGGCCUCUUCGACUCCGGCAUCACCACCGUGUCGAAGCUCUUCCGGCUAUCGCCUCAGACCGCUUCCCAAUACGGCACCACCCGCAGCAAAUCCCCUUGUCCCUUCGCCGUGCCGGUGAUCGACAUGAGGACUUGGAGAGCCAAUGCACAGUCGUGGUGGAGGAGAUACGACGCGCUGCGGCCGAGUUGGUUAUGUUCCAAUUGGUGA